AUGGCCCCAAAACCGCCAGCUGGUACAUCUUCUAGAGCCUGGGAUGGUGUCUCACCUUCUCUGUCGGAAUGGGUGCUGGAAGCCGUUUCGUCUAUGGGCUUCACGCGGAUGACGCCCGUGCAGGCGUCCGCUAUUCCUCUAUUCAUGGCCCACAAAGAUGUUGUAGUUGAGGCCGUUACUGGAAGUGGAAAGACUUUAUCUUUCUUAAUUCCCAUUGUGGAGAAACUUCUACGUCUUGAAGAACCUAUCAAAAAACAUCACGUUGGCGCGAUCAUCAUUUCCCCGACGAGGGAACUUGCAUCACAGAUCUACCAUGUGCUACUCUCAUUACUCGCAUUCCAUCCUCCAUCUGCCUCCGUCAUUAACCCUUCAGAAGACGAUGACGUUCCCCGGCAAAAAUUCCCAUCCUCUACCCUCAAGGUUGUUCCCCAGCUCCUUCUCGGAGGCUCUACCACGCCAGCAGAAGACCUAAGCAAAUUCUUGAAGCAAUCACCAAAUCUGCUCAUCUCCACACCUGGACGUUUGUUGGAACUGCUCUCUUCACCUCAUGUCCACUGUCCCCAAUCUUCGUUUGAGAUGCUCGUCUUGGACGAGGCAGACAGACUUCUGGAUCUUGGGUUCAAAGAAACUCUGCAGAACAUCAUACGCCGGUUACCUAAACAAAGGCGAACGGGAUUGUUUAGCGCAAGUAUCAGUGAAGCCGUUGAUCAAAUUGUGCGGGUUGGUCUGCGUAAUCCUGUCAAGGUCAUGGUUAAGGUCAAAGGAACUUCAGGUGCCCAGGACAAGCGAACGCCUGCAAGCUUACAAAUGACAUACCUUACGACACCCACGAUUCACAAAUUUCCCGCCUUGAAGCAAAUUCUCCAUUCCGUUGAUCCAGCUCCCCAGAAAACCAUAUUUUUCGCCUCAACCUGCUCAGGAGUUGAUUAUCUCUCUGCGAUCUUACCAUUAAUACUUGGUGAUGAUUUCCAGCUGAUUCCACUACAUGGAAAGCACCCGGCGAACGUCCGUGAAAAGAACUUCAACCGAUUUGUGAAUUCAUACAGCCCAGCAAUUCUACUAACAACGGAUGUCGCUUCUCGUGGUUUGGAUAUCCCGUCUGUUGACCUCGUUGUCCAGAUAGAUCCUCCAUCGGAUCCUAAAACGUUUAUUCAUAGAUGCGGCCGUGCUGGUAGAGCCGGCCGAAGGGGGCUAAGUGUAGUCUUGUUGCAUCCAGGACGGGAGGAAGACUAUGUAUCUUUCCUCGACGUUCGCAAGACUCCAGUAGCUCCUUUCCCACAUUCCAUCUCCUUCUCAGAUUCCGAAGCCACUGCAGCUACGAAUGCGGCCCGCAAGGCUGUGCUGGCGGACCGUGCACUCCACGAUCGUGGGCAAAAGGCGUUUGUCAGUUGGCUAAGAAGCUAUAGCAAACACCAGGCGAGCAGCAUUUUCCGUGUCGCUGAUCUUGAUUGGGAGGGUUUAGGGAAGGCAUGGGGUCUGCUGAAGCUACCCAAAAUGCCCGAGUUGAGGAACUUUACUGGUGACCGGACGCUCGGUGUCAAUCUGAAUUGGGAUGACUAUAAAUACAAAGACAAACAACGAGAGAAACGCCGCAUAGAAUUGCUUCAGGAGAGCAAAGCAGACGGUACACAAAAAACCUCUAACAAGAGAAAGGCCAACGAGACCACCGCAUGGAGCAAUAAGCUCGAGGAUAGAAAUAAAAAGCAAAAGCGACGAGAGCAAAAGCAACGACGACAGGAGAAGAAUAGGUGGGAGAAGAUGACUGAAGAAGAGCGGCAGAAGGUGCGGGAGACGGAGCAAAUGGUGGAAGGUAUAAGAGCAAAGAACGAAGAAGAGAGGCGACUUAGACGCGCAGGAAAGGCCGAGGCAGCAAAUUCUGGCAAGGAUGAGGAAGAGUUUGAAGGUUUUGAUUAA